UGGACAUGACGUUAAAGAGAGAUAGAGUAGAAGAUGAAUCAGUGGAGAAAUUUGAGAUGGCAAAUUGUUUGGAUAUAAUAAAAAGAAACGGGUUAUUAAUACGAUAUAAAGUUUUUAAAUGCAAAAAACAAUUCGAUUCAUCCAAAAAACAUAUAUGCUCUAUUUGUGGCGAAGAGUUCGCUAUUGGACAAGCUUUGGGCGGACACAUGAGAAAACAUCGCGAUAAAUUAAAUCAACACGAGCAGAAGAAGACGAAGACGAAGACAUUGGAGGAGAAUUCGAAGAGUAGUGAAAGAAUUUUGUUCAUGGAUUUGAAUUUGACACCAAAUGAGAAUGCAUUGAUGCAGGGAUAA